AAAACAUACCCUCAAGCAUGGAUUGCAUUAUUUAUUUUGACUCUACUUCGUAUAGCAACAGCGGUAUUCCAAUUCACCUAUAGUGCAGUACCCAAUCUAACAUCACAGACUUUCCAAGUAUCCUUGACAGCCAUCAAUUGGUUAGCUAAUGUUCAAGGACUGGUAUAUGUCAUCAUGAGUUUUUUCACUGGAUGGAUUUAUGAAAAACUAGGUGUUAAACGUUCAGUAAGUUUCAAAUAUAAAAAGAAAAGAUUUAGACAAUUAAUGCUUUCUAUUUUUUUUUUAAAAAAAAAAAAGGUGUUGAUUGCAGGAUUCUUUUGUACUUUAGGUGCUGUUAUUCUUGGUGCUACUGCCGCUUGUGCAUUACUUGCGUUAUUAUUCAUGCCUGUCAAGCCUCCUCAUCCUCCAUCCCAUGUCUCUCGACAACCUCGACCUUCUUUCUAUCAAGGUCUAAAGUUACUGUCAAAAAAUUAUCCUUUUUGGAUCAUCUUUCUCAUUCAAGGUAUUAAUGUUGGUAUCAGUAUUGCGUUUGGCACCAUAUUUACACAAAUCAUUUCUCCCUAUGGGUACACCGAUACUCAAGCUGGACAAAUCAAUGCUAUCGCCUUUUUUACUGGAACCAUUGGUUGUGCUAUUGCUGGUUGUGUUCUUGAUGCCACAAAACAACAUAAACUCUUUUUGAAAGCUACUCCACCUUUGGUCUUUUUUUCCAAUCUAGGUUUUUACCUAUUGAGUAAUGAAAAAGGAUUCAUUCAUGAUGGUUUUAUAUUUGACUGUAUUCAACCAGUUUCGGCUUAUCCAGUGUCAGAAGCAACGUCAAGUUCCUUUUUAUGGCAAGGUGGACAAAUCUUUGGAUUCAUCAUUCUAGCAGUGAUGGAUGCACUUCGUGAUCCCAAGGGUGAGCCAAUCAACAAUAUGCAACGUGCAUUGUUAUUGUUGACCAUCUUGACAGCCUUGAUGGGUGCAUUGGCUUUUCUUUUCAAGGGUCGGAUGUGUCGAUCAGAAGCCAUUGCA